UCGCAGUAUAGUAGAAUUGAUUCGUCAAUCAUCAUCCAACCAUCCAAGUUCAAACUUCAAUUGUGAAAGUGUUGUUUAUUAAACGUGACGUAUCGUACACCUAUCAAAAGAUGUGUUCCUCAUCAGAUCUAAACAACUGGCCAAUAUUCAAUUUGCUGAAGGAAGUAUUCGUUCCAAAGAUUCACAUGGUUCUGGUACAUGGUGGCUUGGGCGACAAAGCUCUGAUUGUAACGAAGGAUAAGACAAUAUAUGCUAUGGGUGAUAAUACCGAUGAUUGUUUGGGAAUCGAUAGCUUGUCUAAUGUACUACAGCCCAAGAAAUUGGAAUUUUUGGGAAAAAUGGAUAUAAAAACGUUUGCCUAUGGCCGUGGACCUCAUGUCUUGGUCCUCACAGAGGAUGGAAAGGUGUAUUCUUGGAGUUAUAAUCGAAACGGCGAAUUGGGACUGGGAAACUAUGGUGACCCAUCAUUACCCAAGAUGAUAUACGAUCUAGACAAUAAAAUCGUGGAUAUUGGGUGCGGCGGCUUUCAUUUUCUUGCUCUUACCAAAGAUGGAGAGGUGUACGCCUGGGGUUCGAACAUUAAUGGACAAAUAGGUGGUAAUAAUGAACGUCAAACUAUUCCAAAAAAGAUUUCUACCUUGGCCAAUAAGGUUAUUUGCAUUGCGUGUGGUCAGAACUUUAACAUGAUAGUAAUCAAGGAUCGGAAGAUAUACAGUUGGGGCAGUAACAAUGUUGGACAGCUGGGGAUAGGCAAUUACACGACUCAGGAUAGUCCGCAUCUAAUCUCCUCGUUAAUAGGCGUCGUGAUAGUGAAGGUAGUGUGCGGAUCCCACCACACGCUCGUACUAACGGAUGAGGGUACACUAUACGUAUGGGGUAGUAACAGUUACCGGCAAUUGGGCAUUAUAAGUGGCCCAGGCAAGACAAAUGUCUGCAGUCCAGCUACAAUGGACCCUGCCACUGGAAAGGAGAUGGGAAAGAUCUCGGACAUCGCUGCUGUUCAUACUUCUAACAUAAGCGUUGCCCUUUGCACGAGUGGGUGUGUCUACGUGUGGGGCCACUGUAACGGGAAAAAGUGUUAUCCAACCGCCACACUGUUCUCAAACAUUCACGAAGUAUUCGCGUGCUACACAAGCGUUAUGCAUAAACCACUGAUCUUAUGUGUAAACAAACAACCAAGCAUAUUGGAAUGCUUGAGCUCUGCUUUCAAUGACCCCUCAACGAGUGACCUUAACAUAGAAGUGGAGGGACAAGUGAUUCAUGUUCACAAGGUUAUUCUGAAGAUCCGUAGUUCGUAUUUCAGAAUCAUGUUCAAAGAAAAUUGGGCAGAGAACAAUCAGAGUAUUAUCCAGCACAAUCAGUUUUCUUACGUGGUGCAUUUAUGCCGUUGCUUGUACAAAGCCUUCCUGAAGUACUUGUACACCGGCAUACUCGAUCUACCAAUAGAGAACGUAUUUGAACUUUUGGAUUUGACUAAUGCAUACUGUGAAACUGAUCUCAAGAGACAUUGCAUCAACAUAGUAAAGCAAGAGGUCACUGUAAAAAACGUCAUACCUCUCUACAACUCCGUUAUCAAGAAGAAUAUGCAGGAGCUGGAGAAGUUUUGCUUCGAGUUUGCUUUGGAGCACACGACAGCCGUGUCGAUGUCAGAAACUUUCGCCGAGCUAGAUGACGUUAGCACAUUAAGGACUUUUAUAAUUAAAGCAGCCAGUGCCAAUGCUUUUAGGACCUAAUCCGUUUUGUACUAUAUACGUCACUGAUGUGGUUUUCGAAUUAUUACGGUGUAGAAAGUAAAGGUACUUUUCCAUGCUGACGUUCGACCAUGGAGAAAAGAAUAACAGGAGGGAGUAGAGAGCCUCUAGGAGAGAGAGGCGACACGAGGUCAUGUGACCAGCUUCGUCGCGAUUGGCUGGCGGCAUCAUGGGCAAAUUUAUUCAUUGCGACGCCAAUGCAGACCAUAUGUGACGUAAUUGCUGUGACGUUAUAAGACUGUGUGAAGGCGAGAAUAACAUAUCUGUGAUUAACGAUUCACAUAUAUGAGACAGCAUUACCACUCGCUAUGCCAUCCAGUUGCAAUGCAUAUAGGUGUUCCAACAGGAGUGAUAAAGGGUAAACAAAAAUGGAUUGCUGCGGUUGGAAGAGGCAAGAAUUGGACACCUAGUAGUUCUCAAAAAGUUUGCGAGGUUAGUAGUAAUGUGCAGUAUGCUUUGACUUUGCACUUCGGAAAAUAACAUAAUAUAAGACAUUAAUAACACAAUGUAACUUACUGUUAAACUCAAAACAUUUUGUGAUUUUCUUCCCAUAGGUACAUUUCACGCCAUCGGAAAUUGAAUUUGUUGCUGAACGUAAACAAGUAAAUUUGGUUCGGUGCCUUCUUGUAUUUUACAUAUUAUAAAUUGCAUAUAACAGAGGAAAAUAUAUUGUAGUAACACA